AAAAUACCUAACCUCAUAAAAAGCAUUGACAAUGAUGUCAAGCGUUCCACGGCUUAAUUAUUCCGUAGAAAAUGAAACCGCUGAGAUCGCUACCAAGACCUUUGCUCUAAUCUUACAAAAGGCGUACGAGCAGUAUCAAAAAUUGUGGAAUAAAUAUCUGGAUUUAGUUAAGACCUAUGGAGUUGAUAAUUCUAUGCACAAAGAAAUUCAAGAAGCAUGGAAGGAAGAGAAUGUUUUAAAAUCUAUACACGCAUUUACCGACGAUGUUGAAUUUUUAACAAAAUUCAAGUACCAAAAAAAUCUAUCGGAUGAAGAAGAAGUAAUCAAUGAUAGAAAAAGAAAUGUAAGCUUUAUGAAAGAAAAUAAUGACGUUUUAGAAAAAUCCCUGUUUGACAGGGAUAUAGAUAUUGAUGACACUAUAUAUCAAUCUCCUUGUAAAAAAUCAACAAAUCUUAUUUUACCUGAAAGUCCAAUAUUUAUUCGAAAAGAUGAAAAAUCUAUUAAUAUGACUUCUGAAAAUGAAGUUUCUAUGAAUAGUGACAAUACAAUUAUUCCGUGUACUGUGGAAACUGAUAAUAAAUCAGAUUAUAGUGAACAAAAUAUUGGCGAUAAUUGUAUGAAGUCUGAACAAUAUUUAAACAAUAUAUCUUUUAAUAAUUGUUCUCCUUUUGUUGUCUAUAAUACUCCCGUAGUUAAUAAACAAUGUAAUAAGAAAAACAGAAAAAAAUUAUUUAAGAAAGCUCAUCAAAAUAAACAACAGUUGAAUGAUAAUUUAGUUAGUCCUAAAAAGGAGCAAAUGAAGGACAAAGAAAGUUCUAUAUAUUAUAAAUUUCAUACAACAUCAGAUGACAAAAAAUUAAGACAAACAACACUUCCAUUUUAUAAUAUUAAAAAAGAGGUAGAUAAUACUACUCUAACUUCUACUGAGAAAGAUGUAACAAUAAAAAAACCUAAAAGAUUUCUAUUCAAUUGUAAAUCUUCCAUAGAAAAUAUAAUGCAAAGUAAAGCUAUAAGUGAUAGAAAAAUUGACAUUAUAAAUUUAAAUGAUAUUAAUGAUAAGAAUGAGACGAUAUUCGACGAUGUAAUAGAAAGCAGUCCAGAUUACAAACACGUACAAUUAGAAAAUAGAAGUCGGAUAAAGUUAAAACGAAGACUUAAAAAGACUGACCAUAUAAAAGUAACUGCUCUGUCCUGUAAUAAUUCUAUAGAAAUGCAAAAUAAAGUGUGCUCAACAAAAAAUCCAAAUUUUUUUAUUGAUGAUGAUGGUUUCUUAUCUCCAGAGAUGGAUGCUGAUAAUAUAAAAAAAAAGUGCUUGACAUUUCGUCAAGAUAUUCAAUCAGAACAAAAACUUGCUGAAAAGAAUAAUUAUGAGGGAAUUGCAUGUACAAAACAGAUUGCAUUAAGUCCACUUCAAUAUACAUGUUAUGAUGAAACAUAUUUUGAAGAAAGUUCUCUGAAAGAGAAUAAUAUUAAUAAUGUAAAUAAAGAAAUAAAUAAAAAUUUACUUAGGCUUGAAAAUAUGAAAAAAAAUGACCAUGAAUAUAUCUAUACAGAUAAAUCAACUAAAAAAGAUGAUAAAGUAAAAAAUCAAAAAUGGAGUUGUUGGGAAUGUGCUGAGUAUUAUAAAAAUAAACCUGGUAUUUCUGAAAAACAAGUACAAAUGUGGAAAAAUCAAUGUUCACGUCACAAAAAUGUAUAUUAUGCCAGAGAAGCAACACCACCAGGUUUUUGGGAUCCUUUAUUCCCUGAUACUGUCUCGGAUAAUACACAACAAAAAUAAUAAAAAAUUGUAAAAUUGAAACUAUAUAUAUUUUAUGGAUAAAAUAAUAUGGAAAAAUAUUAUAUAUAUUUGUAAAUAUUAGAAACUAACUAAGUUACGAUUUGUUCUUUCUGAAUAUUUAUUUGUUCAUUUGAGUAAAAUACAGUUACAUAAGAUAUGAAUUUCGUGUUUAUAUUUUGAGCAAAAAAUUAUUUCACAUAAAAAUUAAGUGCACAAAGCAUAAUUAAAAAGGAGCAUUUAAUUUUGUACUUUAGUAUUUGAAGAUAUUUACUUCCUUUUACUAAAUAUAGAAUUAUAUCAUAUUUCAGAAUAUUAUUUUUGUAUCAGAUUAAAAUAAUGUUUAACAAAUUUUUAGAUGUAUAUAUAUAUAUAUAUAUAGCUAAAAAUAUAAUUAUUUGAUUAGUAAUUACUGAUAUGUAUAAUGAUGAAAAAUACGUUGUGCCACUUUAUUGACUAUUUACAAAAUAAUGUAGUAAAUAAAAUAACAACGAGUAAUAUUUUAUAAAAAUAUGAACGUUAUUUGAAGUUGGUUAAUUAUUGAAAUAGAAACUGAUAAUCAACACAAAAAGAAAACAUAUUUCACAUAUUUCAUUUGGACGUACAUAUUCUUGUUUUCAAUAUAUUCAAGAAUAUUACACAUUUAUACGUUUAUACAUUGAUACAAUAUUAACAUCAUUGUAGUUUGACAUAUGAUGCAUAAUUUAAUCGUAUGCUAAAUAAUUAUCAAGUAAUAAUGAAAAAAUAUGUUAAACAAAAGUUCUAAUAUAUACAUGUAUAUAUAUAUAAGCAAACGAAAUUAUUUGUUGAGAAAUUAUAUU